UAAUGUCUCUAUUGUUGUAUGACUUUACCGGAAAGGUAGCUCUGAUAACUGGUUCGAGUUCGGGUAUCGGUGCGGCCACUGCUCAACUGUUUGCUAAAUCGGGUGCCAAUGUUGUAGUCACUGGACGUAAUUCGGACGGUGUGUCCAAAGUGGCCAAACAAUGUACAGAUGUAUCGCCGAAACAGUUAAAACCGUUGCAAGUCGUCGGCGACAUAACCAUAGAAGAUGACUGCCAGCGUCUAAUCGAUACAACUGUCCAAACGUUUGGCAAAAUAGAUAUAUUAGUCAACAAUGCGGGCACAGGUAGAGUGGCUUCAAUUGCCGAUUCAGACUAUAUGGAAAAAUUUGCAUUUAUUAUGCAAACAAACUUGAAUUCAGUGGUAUAUCUAACACACAAAUGUCUACCAUAUUUGGCCAAAACUCGGGGCAAUGUUAUCAAUAUAUCAUCGGUAGCUUCAAAACAAGCGCUUAUAAGUGGUUCACCUUAUUGUAUAUCAAAGGCAGCGCUGGAUAUGUUUACCAAAUGUAUGGCCGCAGAGUUGGGACCCAAACAUCAUAUCAGAGUUAAUGCUAUAAUUCCGGGCGUUGUAUUGACGGACAUAGCUGUCCAUUCACUGAAUAUAAGCCGUGAACAGAGCGACCAAAUGUAUACAGCAAUUGGUAGUAAAUAUCCGAUCGGUAGACCGGGUCAACCGGAGGACAUUGCCACUGCUGUUGCCUAUUUGGCCAGUGAUAAGGCGGCCGGGUUUCUGACCGGCACGUGUUUGUUGGCCGACGGCGGACACAUUGCCGCUAAUAUUUAG